UAAAUGAAAAGCCGUUACCUGAAGGCUGGGAAAUGAGAUUCACAGUGGAUGGAAUUCCAUAUUUUGUAGACCACAAUAAAAGAACAACUACCUAUAUAGAUCCACGCACAGGAAAAUCUGCCCUAGACAAUGGACCUCAGAUAGCCUAUGUUCGGGACUUCAAGGCAAAGGUUCAGUAUUUCCGGUUCUGGUGCCAGCAAUUGGCCAUGCCACAGCACAUAAAGAUUACAGUAACAAGAAAAACACUGUUUGAGGAUUCCUUUCAACAGAUAAUGAACUUCAGUCCCCAAGAUCUGCGAAGACGUUUAUGGGUGAUUUUUCCAGGAGAAGAAGGUUUAGAUUAUGGAGGUGUAGCAAGAGAGUGGUUCUUUCUUUUGUCACAUGAAGUUUUGAACCCAAUGUAUUGCCUGUUUGAAUAUGCAGGGAAGGAUAACUACUGCCUGCAGAUAAACCCCGCUUCUUACAUCAAUCCAGAUCACCUGAAAUAUUUUCGUUUUAUUGGCAGGUUUAUUGCCAUGGCUCUGUUCCAUGGAAAAUUCAUAGACACAGGUUUUUCUUUACCAUUCUAUAAAUGUAUCUUGAACAAACCAGUUGGACUUAAGGAUUUAGAAUCUAUUGAUCCAGAAUUUUACAAUUCUCUCAUCUGGGUUAAAGAAAACAAUAUUGAAGAAUGUGGUUUGGAAAUGUACUUCUCCGUUGAUAAAGAAAUUCUAGGUGAAAUUAAAAGUCAUGACUUGAAACCCAAUGGUGGCAAUAUUCUUGUAACAGAAGAAAAUAAAGAGGAAUAUAUCAGAAUGGUAGCUGAGUGGCGGUUAUCUCGAGGUGUUGAAGAACAGACACAAGCUUUCUUUGAGGGUUUUAAUGAAAUUCUUCCUCAGCAGUAUUUGCAAUACUUUGAUGCAAAGGAAUUAGAGGUCCUUUUAUGUGGAAUGCAAGAGAUUGAUUUAAAUGACUGGCAAAGACAUGCAAUCUACCGUCAUUACACUAGGACAAGCAAACAAAUCAUGUGGUUUUGGCAGUUUGUUAAGGAAAUUGAUAAUGAGAAGAGAAUGAGACUUCUGCAAUUUGUCACUGGAACUUGCCGAUUACCAGUAGGAGGAUUUGCUGACCUCAUGGGAAGCAAUGGACCACAGAAAUUCUGCAUUGAGAAAGUUGGGAAAGAAAAUUGGUUACCCAGAAGUCAUACCUGUUUUAACCGCCUGGACCUUCCACCCUACAAAAGCUACGAGCAACUAAAGGAAAAACUGUUGUUUGCCAUUGAAGAAACAGAAGGAUUUGGACAAGAAUAGCUUCUGAGACCUUGUACCACUGAAGGACAAGAACUUACUUGCAGUGUUUGUCCAUUUCCUGCCUGUUGCACAUCUUGUUGUAAAAUUGGACUAUGACUGUUUAGAAAGUUAUCUGAGUGUAAGUAAAUUAAUGUUAUCAUUGAGAUUUAUCUCCCAGUGAUUCUGGAUUUCUAUUCAACAUUUCCAGAGAUCAGAGAUCAGAUCUAUAAAUGAUUAGUCACAACCUUACUUAACAUGAGAUUUAACACAGCAAUGAAAUCUGCCUUGUCUUACUCCACUAGAUUGUUUCCUUAACAGUUUUGUGUGUAUGUCAAAAGUCUCAYUUGGGAGUAGGUUUUUUACUUUUAGAGAGAUUCUGCAAAUAUGCAGGGAAGUCUCAUGGUAACUGCAAUAUACAAGAUCUUCCUAUUAAGCCUCUUGCUGAAAGGUAUUUAAUAAAAGUGCAAGCUUAGCCCAGUUUCUGGGCACAUGAGCAGACUUCUAGCUUGUGCUCUCCCUCCCAUUGCAGCCUGGCCUGACUGUUCUUCCUCUCUGGAGCAUGAAUACAUGCAUUAUAUUUUGAUGUUAUUCAUGGAAGUAAUAUAAGAGUCUGGCAUCUCUCUACAAAGCAGUUGUGUCUUUUGAAUUCAGGGAAAAGUUGGUUCCAGAUGGCAAAUGACUUCAUACCUCUCUUCAAUUGGAAGUUUGAUUGUUUUAAUUGCCUUGCAAAUACUAAACAAAGAAUAUUAUAUUAACACUGUGGUUCCUUCACUUUUAUUUUUUUUAAAUAAUCUGAAAUUGGAAUUAAUUUAGCUGAAUUCAUCAAAGGCCAUUGUUGAUGAUUUUUGUAUGAUUAUAUAUAAUUUGAGGCUUUAUAGUUUUUCAACAGUUUCAAUUGUAUUUAAUUAUUGCUAAGGAGUUCAAGUUGUAACUAGAGUAUUGCUAGUUCAAAUACAGGUUAAUGAAACAGCCUCUGAAAUUAUAUUUUUAUGUGGAAGGGAGAACUAUAAUACUGGCUUAAAAAGAAGGGAAGAUAACAUCUAGUAACCACAUAAAUGUAUUCUCUGUAUGAAUUAAAAAUCUUCAAAAUUAUCAUUUCUCUGACACAUUCUGGAGUAGUCAUUUCCAUUCUUUAUAUUAUCCUGAAUUGAAUUGAAGUUUCUCAUCUACAAUGUUCUUUUCACCCCUAAAAAUUUUGGCAGAUUUUCUUUUUUCCCCAUGACUAGUUUAUUUUAGACUGCUCCGUUAGUAACUAACUGAUGCACUUUCACCUUUUCUAUAGUUAUUUAAUUAAACUUGGCUUAGCUUAGAGUGUCAGGAUGGCUGUCAUCAUAGAUUUGAUUUUAUGGACAGUGAGAUGAAGCCUAAGCCAGCUGAGUCCCUAUCAUAGCUGAACCCUGAGGACAGCCUUAUAACUCCUGUAACAAGGACUUUGGCAUGUUUAAGUAUCAUAGCAUGAACAAGUAGCAUUAAGCCAAGAAUACACAGAGAGUAGCAGACCCUAGAAAGAAAAUGUUUUUAUGUUCCAAACUGCUCUUCCUGUUUAAAUCCUGGAAGAACAAAAACAUUUUUAACUUGUAUUUCUGUACUCUUUGACACUGCCAUCAUAAAGGGUUGCCUCAUCCAGAAACUGUCAGUGUAAAGGGAGAGUUUAGGCUCUCCCCAACCCUAUCUUUUUUUUAACUCCACAUACCCUAGGAAAUACAAUGUGAUCUCUAAAAGCCUAUUGUUUCCAAAGUAGGGUCUCUCUGCCUUUUUGUUGGUAGGGUAAAAAAACCCUUUUUGUUGGUUGCUUUGUCUUACAGAGCGAAUGUCUGCCAACUACCCAUUCAUUAUAUAAGCCUGAACUUUGUUAAUAUAUGGCCAUGAAGAUUAAGCCUUCUAUAAAGACUUCCUAUUGAGGUGAAUUCUCAUUCUGAAAUGUAGUUACCUACAAUAUUUACUAGAGAUUUACGAGAUUAAAUUAAGAGAUGUAAGAAAAUAGGCUUUUUGGUUCUACAUAAUGCUUCAUAAUUCAUUUAGGAACCUAGAAAUAUUGUGUGAAAUGUAUAAAUAUCACCCAAAAGGCUUUCUACCCUAUAUUUUUAAAAUACAGAAUAGGUAUAUUUGAUAUAGCCCUGGCCCUAGUUCUAUAGGGCUUGGCUAUUUAAUAUUUUUAUGGAAGAAACGUUUAGUUCUGGAAAAGGUAAAUGCUUGUAUAUAUUUUUGCAGCCUGGGAUCUCCCUACUCCAUUUCUUCCUUUAAUUUAAAUGGCCACAUGUAUAUGUCUUCCCUGCUGUGUUAGGAAAAUGGGGGCUGGAUAUCCCAAGAAUCAGAGGUUAUAUAAAAAAAAAAUACUACAAAUAGACAGCAGACAUAARUAUCUACMAAAUGCUAUCUUAAAUUUUGGUCCAAACUGAACAUUUGGAAAUAGAUUUAUUGUAAGUGUUUAGAGCUUUUUCUUAAGUCUGAACUAAAUUGUUUUUAAAGUCCUUUUUCUUUGUAAAGCAUUGUAAAUGCUAAUAAAUCCUGUUAAUUCUUUUUUUUUUUCUUUUUAUUUUAACUGCAUGUUACAUUGAAAUAAAAACAAAGUAAAAUGAA